ACGCGUGGAAACUUCACAAUAUGUGGUUCUUUCGUUUUCGCUUUACUUUGAUAUCCCUUUGCUGCACUAUCUUAGAUUGGAAUAAACGAGGAGCCUUCGGUAUUCGAAUAACCAGAGAGCUUUCUUAUAUUAUGCUGGAGGCGUGAGAAGGAAAAACACGAAAAAGAAAUGAAAAUUUUGCAAUACACAAAAAGCAAAUCGAAGUCGAGAUGGAGCUCCACAGUGGAAGGCUUGAGCGUGGUCCUGAUAUUUUAUCUGCUCCCCACCUCGCUUAUUGCCCAAACCCACACAAAUUUUAUCUUCAACAAAUUCAAUGCGUCGACCCUCCAAUUCUUUGGUAAUGCUUCAGUGCAGUCCAGUGCCAUUACCCUUAAUCAACGAUUUCAAUCUACAAUUGGCCGUGCUUUCUAUCGACACCCUGUGCGUAUUAAAGGUCACGGCUCUCUGAAUUCUACUUUAUCUUUCAGCACAACUUUUGUGUUUAGCAUUGUUCCUUCUUCAGCGUCAGAAUCUGGGUUUGGACUGGCGUUUAUUAUGACGCCCUACAGAUCUCCAGAGGGCUUUUUACCAGGUCCGUACCUUGGUUUGAUUAGCAAUUUAUCAGUUAUGGGACAGGCCUCCAACCAUCUGUUUGCAGUCGAGUUCGACACAUCAAAGAACUUUGAAUUUGCUGAUAUCGACGACAAUCACGUUGGCGUGGAUCUCAACGGUCUCAUAUCUGUAAACUCUACGCCUGCAGGCUACUGGAUUAACAGCAGCCAAUUCCAGAAUUUGGAUCUCAACAGCGGACAGAAUAUUCAAGCUUGGAUUGAUUAUGACAAUCUUCAAAGAGAGCUCAAAGUGACCAUUGCAGAGGCUGGUCUUGAUCGCCCACGGAAACCACUGUUAUAUAUAAAAAAUAUAUCCCUUUUCAACAUUCUAGAAGAAGAAAUAUACGUUGGUUUCUCAGCAGCUACGGGAAUGAUUUAUGAAGAGAAUUACAUCCUGGCCUGGAGCUUUGCCACAAACGGAAUCGCCCCAUCCCUGAAUACAUCAAAUCUUCCAUCCUUUGUACACAGAAAAUCAAAGACCUCAAACUUCAGACUGAUAGCUGGCAUUAGCACAGCUUGCGUUGUCUUUCUACUUGUUGUGGUGGCAGCAUCAUUUGUGCGGUUGCAGAGAAACCAGUACAGAGAUCGGAUCGAAGACUGGGAGGUGGAGUAUUGGCCUCACAGGUUUAAGUACAAGGACCUUCAUAUUGCAACCAAGGGCUUCCGAGAGGAAGAACUUUUGGGAUCCGGAGGCUUCGGUCGGGUAUACAGAGGAGUCCUUCCCACAAACGGCCUCCAAGUAGCGGUGAAAUGCAUCCUUAGAGAAACCGAUGAUGGGGUGAACGAAUUCAUAGCAGAAAUCUCAAGUCUUGGUCGCCUUCAACAUCGAAAUCUGGUGCAGAUCAGAGGCUUCUGCAGGCGGGAAAGGCAGCUAUUCAUAGUUUAUGACUACAUGCCGAAUGGAAGCCUGGACAAGAUGAUAUUUGGAAACCCAAAGAAGAUGCUUGACUGGAAUCAUAGGUACAGAAUCCUCAGAGAUGUGGCUGCCGGUUUGUUGUAUCUUCACGAAGAGUGGGAACAAUGCGUAGUGCACAGGGACAUUAAGUCCAGCAAUGUUUUGCUGGACUCAGAGCUGAAUGGAAAGCUGGGGGAUUUUGGGCUUGCCCGUCUGUACGAGCAUAACGAAAACUCACACACUACUCGUGUGGUUGGAACACUGGGGUACAUCGCACCGGAGUUUGUAGAGACAGGAAAGGCCAGCCCCGCCACAGACGUGUUCAGUUUUGGUAUUUUAUUGUUGGAGGUUGCAUGCGGAAGGAGACCUGUGAAUCUGUCCCUCCAAUCUGCUCAAAUAGUUCUGGUGGACUGGGUGAGAGAGCUCCAUGUCACAGGCAGUCUCAUGGAUACAGCCGACCCAAAUCUUGGUGGGCAAUAUGUUGAGGGUGAGAUGGAGAGAGUGCUGAAACUGGGUCUGAUCUGUUCCAAUCCUCACCCAGACGGUAGGCUUGGCAUGAGACAAGUACUCCAGAUACUUGAAGAAGAAGCUUCACUACCAAGUUUUGGCUCUCCGUUUUAUUUGGAUGCGAUUCGAGUGAGUAGUUCUUGGAAUUCUCUUCCAUAUUCCAGUCACGGUACAGACGCUUCUAUUUCCAAGUCAAACUCUCUUUCUGGCCGUAUCACUGUAUGAGAUCGACCUCUGCGUAACCAGCUUGUUAGUCUGGAGUACUCAUGGAUACAAGUAUUUGUAUAUAACCCAUAAAUAUCUAGUUUCUUUUCUA